CAAGUGAAGAGGGAGUCAGUGUGUGUGUGGUGUGUUUGUAUUAGACAGUGAAUGGGAAGUGCUGCUGUGUCUCUGUGUGCAGUGAAUGGGCAGAGCUGUGUUGCUGUGCCUGUGUUGUACAGUUCGUACGGUAACUGAGGAAACAUCAAGAGCAGUCAGUCUGUCCGGACCCGCUGCCUGACAGCCCCAGCCCAAAGUCAACGAUUCAUCCGAUGGCGUUUGAGAAACGAAGAGCAAUUUCUCUCGUAAGCGGUUUGAUUGGCGGCAGCGAUUUCAAGCCGUGUUUUCUUGAUCCGAAAAUGAAGUUUAGCUCCAGCUUUCGUCAGUCUCCAGCCACAGCCGAUGCAUUUCUUCUGUCGCUUCCCCAUAUCGGCCGAGCCGAUGCAGCACUUCCCUGUGAUGCGGCACCAUUUUAUGGAAUCUGACAUGGACUAUGAGAGGCCAAAUGUCGAGACUAUCAAGUGUGUGGUGGUUGGAGACAAUGCAGUUGGAAAGACCCGUCUUAUCUGUGCCCGGGCCUGUAAUGCAACGCUUACACAGUACCAGCUACUUGCCACACAUGUGCCCACUGUCUGGGCAAUAGAUCAGUACAGAGUAUGCCAGGAGGUUCUAGAAAGGUCCAGGGAUGUGGUGGAUGAUGUCAGUGUGUCCUUGCGUCUCUGGGACACUUUUGGUGACCAUCACAAGGACCGCAGAUUUGCGUAUGGCAGGUCUGAUGUGGUGGUGUUGUGUUUCUCCAUUGCAAACCCAAACUCACUCUACCAUGUGAGGACGAUGUGGUACCCUGAGAUCAAGCAUUUCUGUCCCAGAGCUCCCGUUAUCCUAGUGGGCUGCCAGCUAGACCUGCGGUACGCCGACCUGGAGGCAGUGAACAGAGCUCGCCGGCCACUGGCCAGGCCCAUUAAAUCCAAUGAGAUAUUGGCGCCAGAGAAAGGCCGUGAGGUGGCUAAAGAACUAGGCAUCCCUUAUUAUGAGACCAGCAUAGUUGCUCAGUUCGGGGUUAAGGAUGUUUUCGACAAUGCUAUCCGUGCAGCCCUCAUUUCCCGCCGUCAUCUCCAAUUCUGGAAGUCGCAUUUAAGAAAUGUUCAAAGGCCACUCCUCCAAGCCCCCUUCCUUCCCCCUAAACCCCCUCCACCCAUUAUCACCGUUCCGGCACCUCCCAGUAACAUCGAAGAGCACCCUAGUCGACUGUUGGAGGACACGCUCUGUGCCGACGUCAUCUUAGUCCUCCAGGAAUGCCAGAGGAUCUUCGCCCACCGCAUCUACCUUGCCACAUCCUCCUCCAAGUUCUACGACCUCUUCUUGACCAAACCUCGGGGUCCUGAGGAGACCGAACGAGAGCGAGAACGACCCCGAGGGCCACCGCUUUCUGGCCGCGAUUUGCUGAUGCGCGCAGCUAGUUUUGACGUUUGUGAAAGUAGUGACAAUGGAGAUAGAGCAAACUUGCGUGCCUGCACCAGUGAUGGAACUCUAAAAGGUUACGGAGAUCAUCGUGGUCGUCUGCUCCCAGCCUUGAGUCGUGCUUUCAUUAGCAUCCAAGAAGAAAUGGUGGAUGACCCCGUCACUUUCAACCCUAGAAAAAUUACCGUUGUUCACAUGGACCCUUCAAUGCAGCCUGGUCCAUUCCGAUCGGUGUUGCGGUACCUGUAUACAGGUAAACUAGAUGACCGGGAGAAGGAGCUAAUGCAGGUGGCCCACAUUGCAGAGCUGCUGGAAGUUUUUGACCUGCGUAUGAUGGUGGCUAAUAUCCUGAACGAUGAGGCCUUCAUGAAUCAGGAGAUCACCAAGGCCUUUCACGUGAGACGCACCAAUCGAGUGAAAGAAUGUCUGGCGAAAGGGACCUUCUCUGAUCUCACAAACAUUUGGGACAGAGGCACGUUUAACAUUGUGUCACAUGAACCACUGCUUAUCUCAAGCUGUGAUUGGAUGGCAGCCAUGUUUGGUGGACCAUUUGUGGAGAGCUGUACAAAAGAGGUGCUGUUUCCAAACACUACGCGGAGCUGCAUGCGUGCUGUGCUGGAGUAUCUCUAUACUGGCUGCUUUUGCUCUCGCCCAGAUCUGGAUGCCAUGGAACUCAUUGUUCUUGCAAACCGUCUCUGUCUGCCUCAUCUGGUAGCGCUGACAGAGCUGUACACUGUGAAGGUACUGACAGAAGCUGCCGUGAUGGGAGCUGAUAUAGAUGGAGAUGUUCUGCUCUAUCUGGACAUGGCCCAGUUCCACUGUGCUCAUCAGCUGACUGACUGGUGCCUCCAUCACAUCUGCACCAACUACAACAGAGUCUGUCGCAAAUUUCCUCGAGAAAUGAAGGCCAAAUCUACAGAAAACCUGGAGCACUUUGAGAAACAUCGCUGGCCUCCAGUGUGGUAUCUAAAGGAAGAAGAUCACUAUCAGCGGGCGCGCAAGGAGCGUGAGAAGGAAGAUUACCUGUACCAAAAGCGUCAGUGUAAACGCAAGUGGCUCUUCUGGAAUCUACCGUCUUCACCGUCCUCCAAUUCUCCGUCUUCUCCUGGUUCUUCUGCAGUCAUCUGA